GGUUAAAGGAACACUUGCGUGACGCCAUUUUUCUGGUGACUCAGUUCAUAACUUUCUAAAGUUCGUUUGUUGCCACGUAUCUGCCACUUUUUGGUUUAACUUUGGUGUUCAUGUUCUUAUGCUUUAGUAGCUUUAAAAAGACGUUAUAAUCUUUGGGUAUAUUUAGCUUCUCUUUGAGCGUAAUUCUUUUAGUGAUGAAAGCAAUAAUAAAAUCAGCUUUGGGCAUAGUUGUGGAUGUCGAGGAAGGCCAAAAUGGAACGCAUUUUUUGGAUGCAUUUAACGAUGAAUUAAAGAAAAUAUACGAGGAAUUGGCAAAUGAUCUUCGUUGCAGUUUCAUUCACUUUAAGGAAGGAGUUGAAGAGCUGAAACGCAUGCCAGAGUCGACUGAAAGUGAAACAUCGUCAUCGACACAGGUACCAACAAUAAAUGUAUCUCAAUCAUGUCGAACGCGUUUCAAAUUGGCCGGAGAGAAAGCGAAAGAGGCGUUUGAAAAUGAUUUGUCAAGCACUGUAGAGAAAAUAAAAGCAAGCAAGAUACGCAUUGCAAGCGCUAUUCUUGAACAUUCAGAUAACUGCGGUUUAGCAACAAGGGAUUUCAUGCUAUGUCUGAAAGAUUUAAACUCCUCGAUUGUCGCGGGAAAAAAAGCCAAAUAUCACGACUACAUGGGAAGUGAAGCCCUUGACACAAUAAUUGAUAUCAACUUGUCGUUGGCCAAUUUCAUCUUUAAGCACACAAACAAAAGGAUGCCUGUUUUGGAAUGGCCCCAGAUUCAAUAUAAUGAGCAGUUGAUUCAUCCUUUUUAUUGCAAGAAGAUUGAAGAAAACACUUCUACCUUAUUACCUUGGUACUCAACUCACUUUACAAAGAAUACUUACCUCGAAAACAUGAUCGUAAACAAAGAAGGAGAAUUACUAAUUUUUGAUAGAAAUGAACUCCAAAAACUUAACAGCAAACCCGAAGUGUUUGAAACAUGGUGUAGGUUUAAAUGGUCGGAUGUUAAAAAUAGGCAAGUAAAAUGCAUGAACGUUGAUGAAAAUGGCGUAGUAUAUCUACUUUUGGGUUGCAAAGACAAAUCGAAUUGCGAUUAUAUAUUGUUGCUUUGUUUGGAAGACAAAAUUGUUCAAAAAUGUUCCUUGUCCUUUCCUGAAGUAAUACAAUUUAGUAAGAUUUUUCUUGCUGUAGCACCAAAUGGCAGUAUUGUCAUUGCUACUGCUGCAGUCAAGAAGGAUCAAAGCUACGUCAUGAUGUAUGUGUGUGACAGUAAAGGCAACCUUAAUACGUCAUUUGUAGCAAAGGGUAAACGUAAACCAAUUGAUGAUGAAAUGAAAUAUUUGUCCAUUUCCUCCGACAACAACAUAGUCAUUUUGACGUAUAAAUCACCCAAGAUUUACCAAAUUAUCAUUAGUACGAUGGACGGAAAAUUUGUUAAAAAAGGGAAAUUUCAACCACACUAUGGUGAAAUCAGUUCAUACAAUCAAGUCAUUUAUACUCCCGUUUCCAACAGUGUCACAGCUUUUUUCUUUGACAAAUCAGAGCUAGUUAUUGAGACUUACUCUGUUGAAACAGAAAAAUUUAUGUUGCCAAUAAUCCUGAAAAACACAGGAUAUGACUCGGAAAUUUUUGACGAUUCAUUACGCAUCGUUCAGCAUGCUGGCGAAAACGUGGCAUUGGUGUCUAGAAAAAAAGGUGUAGCUCGUUUUAUUAAAGGAAACCGUAGGUGCGGAGGCGUUGACGCAACGUUGAAGUGGAUGAACAUGGAAUUGAACACAGAUUUAGACUCAGUUCCAGCUGUUAAAAAAGAAAACCCGUCUUCAAAUGCCAACACAUCGUCCACUGCUUUUAUAAUUUCGGAGCCAUCUGAAACCUCGUCUUCGAAUACCAGCACAUCGGCCACUACUUUUAUCAAUUCGAAGCUAUCCGAAUGCAAAGAUUCUCCAGAAAGGAGUGAUGUUCCAAAAGAUUGUCCUCUCUACGAAUAUGCCUACAAAAUGAGUUCUCUAUGGAAAGAGUUUGCUAGAAUGUUACAUGUACAUGAAGAAAUACUGAGCAGAGUAAAUAUGGAACAAAAUACAAUGGUAGAAAAUGCAUUUCAAAUGCUUCAACUCUGGAAGAGAAGCAAUGGAAGAAAUGCAACAGCGACAAUGUUGUUGAAGCUUUUAAAUAAUAUUAACCGUCAAGAUGUUGCAGAAUAUUUACAAGAUAAUCGUGAUAUGACAGAAAAGAAGUGCCAACAGCCAUAUAAAGUAAUGGACAUGGCCAAAGAGCUACUAGAAGAUUGGAAAGCACUGGGUAUAAAGUUGGAAAUAAGUGAAUUAGAAUUGGAAGAAUGCAAAGAUUCUCCAGAAAGGAGUGAUGUUCCACAGGAUUGUCUUCUUUACGAAAUUGCCAACAAAAUGAGUUCUCUAUGGAAAGAGUUUGGUAGAAUGUUACAUGUACCUGAAGAAAAAUUGAUAAGUGUAAAUAUAAAACAAAAUACAAUGGUAGAAAAUGCAUUUGAAAUACUUCUUUUCUGGAAGAGAAAUAAUGGAAAAAAUGCAACAGUAAAAAUAUUGUUCACGGUUUUAAUGAAUAUUGGCCGUCAAGAUGUUGCAGAAUAUUUACAAGAUAAUCGUGAUAUGACAGAAAAGAAGUGCCAACAGCCUUAUAAAGUAAUGGACAUUGCGAAAGAGCUGGUAGAUGAUUGGAAAGCGCUGGGUAUAAAGUUGGGAAUAAGUCAAUCAGAAUUGGGAGGAAUAAGUGCUGACUAUCAUCCUGUGAAUGAGAAAGCAUGUCAAAUGCUUUCAAAAUGGCAAAAGAAAGAUGGAAGAGAUGCCACUUCAAAUAAAUUGGCUGAAGCUUUAUGCAGUAUCAAUCGUCGAGAUCUUGCAGAAAAAUUGCAAGAUACUGUAGACGAAGAGAAAAAAAGACAAUUAACAGGCAUACUGUCUGAACCUUGGACGUGCAUUGAUAAAUCAUUAAUGCAUCAUGAAAAGUUGAAAAAGAUGGAGGAAUGUCGUAAGACAAAUCCAACAAAGCUUAAAUAUGUAAAUGAUGUAUUUGUAAUUUUCUUGGAGGAGUUUUUACUUGGCAAAGGAAGUGAUGGAACCCGUGUUUAUCUUGGACUGGGAAAAGACGGUUAUGGAAAAGCCGUGAAACGACUUAAUCGAGAUAGUUUCACUGAACAAGCCAAGCAAGAAAAAGAUAUUUUGAACGACUUUAAUGCAAAGCGUUCAAAAUACGUUGUGAAUUAUUGUUACCUAGAAGACGAACCAGGGGAUGAAUUUAUAUAUUUUGUAUUAGAUUUAUGUGAAGAAUCGUUGGAAAGUUUUGUGAAAUCUUCUACUUUAGAUGAGCUUCAAAUAGCGCUUCCCAAAGUCAUGAGGCACAUCUUAACAGGUUUAGCAGAUCUUCACAGUGGCCCACAUCCUAUACUUCAUCGGGAUUUAAAACCCUCAAACGUUCUUCGAGAUGUACAAGGAUAUUUUUUAAUCGCUGACUUCGGUAUAAGUCGAAGAUUAUUAAAUGAAACUUCGACACAUCUGAGCACACAGAGAGGAGGUAAAAAUUGGAUAGCUCCAUAGUCGUAUAAUGAAGGAAAUAAAGCAAUUGACUCAUCCCGCUACAAGAAACAGUCUGAUGUUAUGAACGCAGGAAUGGUGGCUUAUUAUGUUGCAACAAAGGGGGAACAUCCUUUUGGACCUGAACGGCAUUUACUGGGUAACCUUCUGAAUGGAAACCCUGUUGGCUUGAAUAAAAUCAAGGAUGCCACGCUCAAAGAUCUUCUGUCGUGGAUGUUAAAGCGACAACCUGAAGACAGACCAUUAGCAAACGAAGCGUUGAAGCACCCAUAUUUUUUGUCGGAUUACGAGAAGUUCGAAAUGUUGUGUAAAGUUGGAAACCAACAACCAAUAAAGACAAAUGAUGCCCUUUCAAGUGUCGUUCAACAAUUGAAUGGCGAAUCCUCAGAUUGGAAAAGUCAAAUGGAUGAUGAUGUCUAUGAUUAUUUUUGCACAUAUGAAAAAAAUGGAAAAAUCAAUAAGGUCCAGUAUAAAUCUUCAUGGACAGAAUGCUUAAGACUUAUUCGAAAUGUUGGCCAGCAUUGGUACGAUCAACCACGGCCAAGACCACAACCAGAAACAUUUUAUAAAAUUGGUGAUCCAAAGGAAUACUUUCUCAAAACAUUCCCUGAUCUUCUUAUUCGAGUGCACACGGCUGUAAGGUCAAAUGAUGAGUGGAAAAAGAAACCAGAACUCAAGUUCCUUUUUAAUUUUCAAUCAAGUUGACACGAAUCAAUGAAUAUUUCACAAUCAUUUCAUUCGCGAAUUAUUUUGUGUUUUUCCUUUUUGCAGUGCAUAUGAGAGGAAAAUUGUCUCAUUUAGAUUAUAUUUUCGCUGAACAUAACGUUGAAAAGGACAAUGUAAUUAAACUUGCUUACUUCCUUAAAUAAAUUGCUUUUAAAAAUA